AUAAUUUUUGUCUUAUCGGCUCCUCUUUGGAAGAGGCUUUUCGGCUUGAGAGUGGGCCGAGGGGUUAGUUCGGCGGCCGAGUGGCUGGUGGUUUUCGUUGGUGGGUGCUAGGGCUGGUGUGAGCAGCCGCCCAGAGGAAGCACCAUGAUUUCGGCCGCGCAGUUGUUGGAUGAGUUAAUGGGCCGGGACCGAAACCUGGCCCCGGAUGAGAAGCGCAGCAACGUGCGGUGGGACCACGAGAGCGUUUGUAAAUAUUAUCUCUGUGGUUUUUGUCCUGAGGAAUUGUUCACAAAUAUCUGUUCUGACCUUGGUCCAUGUGAAAAAAUUCAUGAUGAAAAUCUAAGAAAACAGUAUGAGAAGAGUUCUUGUUUUAUGAAAGUUGGCUAUGAGAGAGAUUUUUUGCGAUACUUACAGAGUUUACUUGCCGAGGUCGAGCGUAGAAUUGGGUGAGGUCAUGCUCGUUUGGCAUUAUCUCAAAAUCAGCAGUCUUCUGGGGCUGCUGGUCCAACAGGCAAAAAUGAAGAAAAAAUUCAGGUUCUGACAGACAAAAUUGAUGUGCUUCUACAGCAGAUUGAAGAGUUAGGAUCUGAAGGAAAGGUAGAAGAAGCCCAGGGAAUGAUGAAAUUGGUUGAACAGUUAAAGGAAGAGAGAGAAUUGCUAAGAUCUACAACCUCGACUAUAGGAAGUUUUGCUGCCCAAGAAAAACAGAUGGAAGUCUGUGAAGUGUACGGAGCCUUUUUGAUAGUAGGAGAUGCCCAGUCCCGGGUAGAUGACCAUUUGAUGGGGAAGCAACACAUGGGCUAUGCCAAAAUUAAAGCCACUGUGGAAGAAUUAAAAGAAAAGUUAAGAAAAAGAACAGAGGAACCCGAUCGGGAUGAACGUCUCAAAGAAGAGAAGCAAGAAAGAGAGGAAAGAGAAAAAGAGCGGGAGAGAGAAAGGGAAGAACGGGAAAGAAAAAGACGAAGAGAAGAGGAAGAAAGAGAAAAAGAAAGAGCUCGUGACAGAAAAAGGAGAAAGAGAAGUUGUUCAUGGAGUAGACACUCAAGCCGAACUUCUGACCGGAGAUGCAGCAGGUCUCGGGACCACAAAAGAUCACGGAGUAGAGACAGAAGCCGAAGCAGAAGUAGAGAUCGACGAAGAAGCAGAAGCCAUGACAGAUCAGAAAGAAAACAUAGAUCUCGCAGUCGAGAUCGAAGACGGUCAAAAAGCUGAGAUCGAAAGUCCUAUAAACACAGGAGCAAAAGUCGGGACAGAGAACAAGAUAGAAAGUCCAAGGAGAAAGAAAAGAAGGGAUCCGAUGAUAAAAAGAGUAGUGUGAAGUCCAGUAGUCGAGAAAAACAAAGUGAAGACACAAACCCUGAAUCGAAGGAAAGUGACACUAAGAAUGAGGUCAAUGGGACCAGUGAAGACAUUAGAUCUGAAGGUGACACUCAGUCCAAUUAAAACUGAUCUGAUAAGACCUCAGAUCAGACAGAGGACUACUGUUGAAGAGUUUUUGAAGAAUACUGAAAACGGAAUAAAGUGAAGAUCAACAUUAAAAUGAGGUGAAAGAAAGCUAUAGUGGAGUAGAAAAAGUAUAAAGCGCAGUUAGUUAUUUGGUUUUUAUUAUUAUUAUUAUUAUUAUUAUUAUUAUUAUUAUUAUUAUUAAAAAUUAAUUCAGGAAUGUUGUGACCUGCCAGAUUUCAGAACAUGUGUUAAUAGCACUCACGCCACUUUGAAAACUUAGGUCCUGUAUCAUAUUUUUUCUUUAAGACUUUUUAAGAAAUAUUACCUAAACACGUGGCUUGCUCAGUGUUUACUUGCAAGUUUUCAGUCUUGGACUUUGAAGACAGGAUUAAACGUUAGUAUUCAUGUGAAGCAGACUGGGAUUCCAUUUUUACACCUCUGCUAUCCUUAGCCUUUGGAUUUGGAAGUGACAAUAAAGUAUCUCUGACUUUCUGUUAAAAAAAAAAAGAAAGAAAGAAAGAAA